AUGGCUCCAUCUCUCCCACCGACCCCUAAGCCACAAAUCCCCAUGGAUUUCCUGGGACCACUUCAAGUCAUAGCGGCAGGUCUGCCACGCUGCGCGACAAGCACGCUCAAAGAAGUCUUCGAGGAUCAAUUGUCCAUUGGACCGACCAUGCACAUGAACCGCUGUCUUCCACAGCCAGCAAAGAUGAAACUUGUGCAUGACGCCCUUCGCGAGCAAGACACGAUGAAACGCCGCGCCAUACUAUACCAGCUGUUCCAAGGAUGCGCGGCCACCACGGAUUUCCCUGGCCAUCUGUUUAUCGAGGAUCUGGUCGAGAUGUACCCGGACGCCAAGGUGGUCCUGAACGUGCGCAAGGGAGGCGCCACGGACUGGGCGACGAGUAUGAAGACGACCAUCGCACCGUUCAUGAGCUGGUCGUACCGCGUGGCGUGCUACUGGAGCGUGCCGGAUUGGUGGCAUUAUCAGACGGAGAUAGCAUGGGAGGGUGACGUCCGAAAGCGCUUUGGUGUGAAUCAUUUUUGGGAUUCCGGCGUUUACGACAUGCACAACGAGUGGGUGAAGAGGGUUUGUCGUGAACAUGGGAAGGACGUGUUGCUCUGGGAGCCAGGCAUGGGAUGGGAGGAGCUGUGCAGGUUCCUGGGGAAGGAAGUGCCGGUCGUGCCGUUGCCGAGAAACAAUGAUCGAAAGAAGAUGGAGGGCGUUGUGAAAUGGAGGAUCGCUCUUGGAUGGAAAUUAUGGGCGAGGAAGGCUGUGAUGACAGUUCUAGCAACUGUCCUUGGAAGCUGGGGGUUGAACAGGAUGUUAACGCUGACUUGA